CAGUAUAGAAAGCAUCGCAUCGUCUGAAGCAAGUGAUUCUCGUGAAAAAUAAUUGAUAAAUUUAAUAAGUUCUUAUCAGCAAUUGCGUGUUGUACGUGAAUGUGUGAAAUGAUGAUUUGAAAGUACCAAUUAUUAGAAAGUUACAAUCCCUCUAAAUAGGAGUAAAAAAUAAUAGUAAAUUCAUGCGUCACAGAAUUUUUACUUUAUUUUCAAAUUGGUCAAAAUUUAAACUCUCAAACGGUCACUUCUUGAUAUGUAAAUAUUAUUAAAUUAAGUUCAAGUUAGAUCGCUUUUGACUAGCCUAGAAAGUUUAGUCCUUAACAAAUUUCGUUGAGAAAAAGAUGGAGCCCAGUGAAAUAUUCAACUCUUCCGUCAAGGAGAAUAAGGAACCUUCUGAAUUGUCUCCAACUGAUCAUAAAAACGUCCUACACUUGCGAUUCCGAGAUAAUUUGGUCCUUCGGAUUCCAAGAUGCGACGAUAUGGCAAUUGAAUUCCAAUGUAAAGACGUGAAGUCCGAUAAGAACUUAUUACUUCGAGGGAAAAUGGAUUUAAACAAAAUUAAAAAAGAGCCUGCGAAGAAUCUGAAAGAGGAAAACAUCGACGACAUGGCAGAAGAAUCGAAUUCGAAUUUCGACGGUGAAGUCAAUAACGAAAUCGAAAUCAAAUUCGAAUGUCACGACGAGAAGCCCAAUAAGAACUUAUUACUACGACAGAAAAUGAAUCAAAACAAAAUUAAAGAAGAACCCCCGGAAAAAAUUAAAGAAGAAGUUGUCGACGACAUGGCCGAGGAAUCGAAUUCGAAUUUUGACGGUGAAGUCAAUAACGACAUAGAAAUUGAAUUCGAAUGUCAAGAUGAGAAGCCCAAUAAGAACUUAUUACUACGACAGAAAAUGAAUCAAAACAAAAUUAAAGAAGAACCCCCGGAAAAAAUUAAAGAAGAAGUUGUCGACGACAUGGCCGAGGAAUCGAAUUUGAAUUUUGACGGUGAAGUCAAUAACGACAUAGAAAUUGAAUUCGAAUGUCAAGAUGAGAAGCCCAAUAAUAAUUUAUUACUACGACAGAAAAUGAAUCAAAACAAAAUUAAAGAAGAACCCCUGGAAAAAAUUAAAGAAGAAGUUGCCGACGAUAUGGCCGAGGAAUCGAAUUUGAAUUUUGACGGUGAAGUCCAAAUAGUUUUCGAGUGUGAAGAUGUCAAGCCCAGGGUGAAUUUACCAGUAGCGCUGAGACCGAAGAAAGAAAAUUUUAUUGACAGUGGAGAAGAGAUGAAUUUGAAUUGUGAACUAGUCAAACAAAAUAAAAAAAAAAGAAUUAUGAAAAAGUCUACCCUUCAAAAGAGACUUAAAUCACAGAGGGGUACACUUCAAAUCGGUAGCACCUCGGCGCAUAAAUCACGUGAAAAAAAAUGUGCUCAAAAGAGCAAACUCAAAAUAGAUGCAUUACACAAAAAAAUCCCUUUUGAAUGUGAUAUAUGUAAAAAGAGAUUUACACAAAAAAGCACUGUCAAAAGGCACAUUGAAUUGAUACAUAUGGGUAAGAAGAAAUAUAAAUGUGGAAAGUGUGGGCAAAAAUUCAGAACUAAGAAUUCUCUCCAAAUUCACAUCAAUACGGUGCAUAAUAAAAUCACUUAUGAAUGUGAUGUAUGCAAAAAGACAUUCCUUGUGAAGAGCCAUAUCCAAGGCCACAUUGUUAGAAUGCAUAGUGGAAUCAAAUUCACAUGCGUUACAUGCGGAAAGGAAUACUGCACGAAGGGUGAGCUAAAAAAUCACACAGAUUCGAAGCAUAAUGGUAAGAGACACGAAUGCGGUACAUGCGGAAAGUCAUUUUCACUUCAGAGAGGACUCCGAAUUCACAUACGUUUGCUGCACGAUAAGCAUACGCAUACUUAUGAAUGCGAUCGAUGCCAAAAGAAAUUUCCCAGCGAACGUUAUCUCGAAACCCACAUUAUCUCGAAGCACAGUGGCAUCAAAUUCACAUGCGAUACAUGCGGAAAGGAAUGCUCCAGCAAGAUAUUGAUAAAAUCGCACAUCAACGCCGUGCAUAACAAAAUCCUUCACCCAUGUAAUAUAUGCGGAAAAAAAUUCAUGCACAAAACCACCAUCAGAAUGCACAUCGAUUCGGUCCAUAAGGGUAUCAAGCAUAAAUGCGACACGUGCGGAAAGAUAUAUACGAAUACGCCUAAUCUCCGCGCUCACAUAGCUCAGGCGCAUAAAAAUAAAAAGACCUCCCAUGCGUGUGGUACUUGUGGAAAGACAUUCACGCAUAGAGCCCGUCUCAAGCUCCACAUCAGUUCGAGACACGAGGGUGUCAAGCAUAAAUGCGGUACAUGCGGGAGUACAUUCAUAACCAAAUCCAGUCUCCAGAAGCACAUCGAUGCUCUGCACAAUGGUAUCGGACCUAAGUGUAAAUUAUGCGGAAAGGUAUUUUCACGGAACAUCGCUCUGCAAACCCACAUCGAUUCGGUGCACAAUAAAAUCACUCAUAAGUGCGAAACUUGUGGAAAAGUAUACUCUCGUGUAAAUUCUCUCAAAAGACACAUAGAAGAGUCGCAUAAUAAUUUUGCCUUGCCUUGUGAAAUAUGCGGAAAAAUAUUCAAACGAAAGGAGAAUCUCCAAGACCAUAUCGAUUCGACGCAUGACGGUACGGGGCCUAAAUGUGAAAUAUGCGGAAAGAAAUAUCCAUCAAAGAAGCAACUCAGAGACCAUAUCAAUUCGGUGCAUAAUAAAAUCACUUAUCCAUGUGAUAUCUGUAAAAAGAAAUUGAAAAGCAAAAGUUAUCUCAAAAUACAUAACGAUAUGGUACAUAAGCGCAUUAAACAUCCGUGUGAUUUAUGCGAAAAGAAAUACUCUAAGAAGGAAGAACUCAAACACCACGUCGAAGCGGAGCAUUAUGGCACCACACAUGCAUGUGACAAAUGCAAUAAGACAUUUAAACGAAAGGAUAAACUCAGAGUCCACAUUGAAUCGAUACACAAUAAUGGUAAAAAACACGAAUGCCGCGAGUGCGGUAAGAAAUUCACUACAAAGUCCGAACGCACAGUCCACGUCGAUGCGGUGCAUAGAAAAAUAACUUUUGAAUGCGAUACCUGCAAAAAGAAAUUUUCCACUAAAACUUAUCUCCGAGAUCACAUCGAUUCGGAGCAUAAUAAAAUUACUCACGCUUGUGAUAUAUGCGGAAAGUCAUUUCCACGAAUUCCCAGUCUCAAGAGGCACAUUGAGACGACGCAUACUAACAUCACUCAUGCAUGCACAAUAUGCAAAAGUACAUUUAAACGAAAGGAUGGGCUCAAAAGGCAUAUUAAUACAAAGAUGCAUAAAGAUGCCACGCUGUGCAAAUAAAUGUCAAAAAUUUGAUUCAGGACUCUUCACCGAAUAAUAGAUACUUUCAAGUGAUCCGAAUUCGCAACAAGGACCAAUAUUGACAUUAGUUCCCACAAUUCUUCAGAUAAAAAUUGUCGCAUAUAUGUCAAAACAAGGAUAGGAUCAGGCUUCGAUGUGUUUGUGUAGAAGAUUACGCGCUGGGGCCAAUGUAAAAUGCUGAUGUACAUGAAUGAGAAAGUGUACUGCACGGGCUUACGAUCUCGGGGUUAUAUCAAAUCAAAAAUGUAAAUAAAUUAGAAGACAUACCGAUUGUUGUUCAUAGAUAACAGUUCGACUAUGCAAUAAUUAAUUAUGUGACAGCAACUGGAGUAAACCUCAUUUAUGCAUUGAACUUAAUAUAAGAAAAGCAACGAGUACAAGAUAGCAAAUCAUUUCAAUAUAAAAUAAUAAUUUAUUAUAAAAUCAAACAUGAAUUUUACAACAUUCGGAAAAUUCACUAAUUUAAUAAUGAAUCUGGAAUUUUUGUAUUCGUCUUCAAUGACUUAAUCGCUAAUUGGAAGAGGGCAGGAGUUCGAGUACUAACGUUACUCUUUAAUACAGUAUACAAAGUACUCUGUUGUACUUUUUUUUCAUGACUAUGCGAAUGUGCAUAUGUAAUUAAUCUAAAAACAUACAUAAAUUCUAUAGUUUGACAAAGUCAUCGGAAAAUGACUCAACGAUCCUUUAUGUAUAACGAUAUUUUUGCUACAAGCCCAAAUAAACGAUUCCUUCGAGUUUUUUUUAUAAAAAAA